AUGGAUCUAGGGGACUCCCCAUUCGGCGGCUCAGGCUCAGACGGCCAGCCUGAAGAGAAGCCUCGAGCUCUCCCUGCAGAUCUUCCAACAUCCCUCGACGACAGAAGACAUGUCCCCAAUGAGCAUCUUAUCACCGAGACGGAGAUGUACGAUGGCUGGCAAGGCCAGUCCCAGUUUCUCACCACUCCAGCUCUAGCGAAACCUCUCAACUUCGGAAACCUGUCGCUCAACGAUCCCGACUACGAGGAUGACAUCACGAAAGGUCCUAAGGAUAGCGAUACGCGAUUAAUGGAAAUGCUGGCCGCUCAGGCAGCGCACCAAGCAGCUCCUGCUUUCGAAAACGAAGAUGAGGUUGUGAACAGCGAAACCCUGUCAGAGGCAGAAAAGAAGGAGAAGCUCCAGAAAGCCCUCAACAUGGCUGCGAGUAACGGCGAUGUCGACAGGAUUCGAAAGCUACUUAAUGGAAAAGCAAAGGAAUACCUCGAUUUAGAUGCUGAAGACGAAGAUGGAACACCACCACUUAUAUAUGCCAGUUGCUUUGGUCACGAAGCUGUUGUCCAAGCAUUGAUUGAUGCAGGCGCGGACGUUAACAAACAAGACCGUAACCAAUGGACAGCUCUUAUGUGGGCUAUGACGAAUAGGCAUAAGGGUAUCGCGAAAUUACUGCUCGACAAUAACGCUUCUUCCGAUCAAAAAACCUCAUCAGGACGAACGGCGUUCGACUUCGUGCCUCCAGACAGCGAGAUGUCAUUCUACCUUCACGAUGCUGGCUAUAAUAUCGGCAAUGCAGGAACCGAUGAUUUCUACCGUCCUGGAUUCUCUCAAGAUCGCUUCGAGGAAGAGAUGGCAGAGAACGAGAUGCGAAGACGAUUGAUGAUGGAAAGCGCUCGCGAUCUCGAGGUCGAUCUCGGAAAUGUUGGCAUGGACGACCAACCAGAGCCUGUGGACGAGUUCGAGGAAGAGCAACAGGAGUUUGACUGGAAUCGUUGUCUGCAUGAUCAGAUGUUCGUCUUCCAGGAACAUGAGCUGGAGCGCAUAUUGGAUAUCGUUAUUACCAACAUGACACCGCAAAGAUCGCCGUCGCAAAAACCUGUUCCAGCCAACAUGAUAUUCCUCAGCGCGAGGUAUGCGCACUAUCAUUCAAGUCCAGAGCUUCUGGAGCGACUUUUGGUGUCGGCUAUGGACUACAUCAACGACGUGGUUGAGAGGUGUCAAUGGGAUAUGACUAUCUUGGCCUUCUGGAUCUCAAACGCCACUCUUCUCCUUCAUUACCUCAAGAAAGAUCCGGGACUUUUCACAGCGACUGCCGAGUUUCAGGCUCAACUUGCGGAAUUGAUAAAUGAGAUCUUCAUACUUAUCGUGCGAGAUGCUGAGCGACGACUGGACAAGGUCUUGGACGUGGCCAUGCUGGAGCACGAGACGAUCCCUGGGUUUGAGGACAUUACUUUCCAAAAUGAAUGGAAGUUGUUCAAGCGCAAGACUGCAGUCAAGGAGGAGCCAUUGGAGAAGCGCUUCCGACCACCAUCACCAAAACAACGAGCCAAGCCAGCACCUCGAAACGUCACAUCCCUCCUCUCAUCUACCCUUUUUGUGCUCGACCUUUACGACAUUCACUCGGUGAUUACAUCACAAAUUAUUUCUCAACUUAUCUAUUGGAUUGGAGCAGAGCUCUUCAACCGAAUCAUGUCGAACCGUAAAUAUCUCGCCCGAACAAAAGCUAUGCAGAUUCGCAUGAACAUAUCGAUAUUGGAAGAUUGGGCAAGGACGAAUAACAGACAAGCAGAACACUUUGAAGGAGGUGAGGUACGUCCUUCAGGCGAGACAACCCAAGACGCUGCCAGAAGGCAUCUUGCACCCGUGAUUCAGUUACUGCAGUGGCUUCAAUGUUUCUCGUCUCUUGACGGAGAUGAUAUGGAAGCUCUCAUUAUCACACUUCAACAGCUUAAGCGGCUUAGCCCCCAGCAACUCAUCCACUCAGCAAACCACUACAGGGCAGAAGUAGGCGAAAAGGGGCUGCCAAAGAGUUGCAUGAAAUAUCUUAUCAAUUUACAAAAAGAAGCGGCUCUCAAGCGAGAAAGACGGCGGAGCGGUAUACCUUCACCACAAAAGUCGGGCCAAGACAGCACGCCAGUGACACCGGUAAGGGGCCGGUCAAACGGGAACCACCUCGAUACUCCGGGAAGCGUGGCAAGCCCUGCCCCAGAUGACGUGUCUGACGACGAUGAAAUGCCCGAACAUCUGUUGCUGGAUCCCGCUUUGAUGCUGCCCUUUGUCUUGCCUUCGGUCACCGACAUGCUUGUGUCCUACGGUGCUGGAAUUGGUGGAGUAAAUCGUGAGCGAGAGCGCAAGUAUAUUCCCACGGUGCCACCGGAGUUUCUCGAGAAGCUAGAGGUGGCAGGCGGGACCAGAAAGGGACCCAUGUUUGGAGAAGCGGACUGGGAGAACGAAGAGGUCUGA